AUGAUUAAUUGGCUGUUUUUCAACAUUCUCUUUGUGGGAAUUUAUGCAGAACUUGAAGGCUGUGCAAAAGAAAUAUCAGACAAUCACUGUAUCGAAUGUAAAAACGGUUAUUAUCUUGAAUUGGUUGUAGAAUCUGAAUCAUCAAUUCCAAAACUUAUAUGUAAGGAGUCAAAAUCAAUUCCAAAUUGUACUGAGUUAGAUGGACCUGUAUGUGUGAGAUGCGACGAUGGUUUUUAUGUUGAUAAAGAUGGUACUUGUAAGUCUUGUAAUAAGGAAAGUACUAAUGAAAGUGAAAAUAUUAAAUGUUUACAUUGUGAUAGCACUCACUGUUAUGAAUGUGGUAAAACCACUGAUGGUAAACAACUGUAUCUAUCUAAUGAUCAAACAACGUGUAUUGAUUGCUCACUUGCUGAGAAUAAUGAGGCUUGUGGAAGAUGUGGUAAUGGAAAAUAUUUUAAUAUAAGUUCAAAGACUUGUCAGAGCUGUUCUGAUAAUUGUGCAUUGUGUACUGAGGAAAAUAAUUGUUUCCAAUGCACUAACAAAACAAUAUUAGUCAGUGAUUCCUCAAAAUAUUGGUGUGAGCCAAUUAAACAUUGCAAAAAAGACUAUCUUAAGGAAGAUCAUUGUGAACUUUGUGAAGAUGGGUAUAGAAUAGAAAAAGGUGAUUGUGUUGCAUGUGAAGAUGAGAAUUGUAAAACAUGUUACCAAGAAAAUAAUUUGUCAGUAUGUACAAUUUGUAAUGAGAAUUUCACUAUUCAUAAAGGUAAAUGUUAUAAUAAAACAGAUAUACAUUGUGCUGAAGGAACACCCACAUACGGUUGUUUAGAGUGUGAGUCUCAUUACUUCUUUAAUAAAGACCUUGAUUGUAUAGAAUGUUCACAAAACUGUGGGACUUGUGUUCAAAAUCCAAGUCAUUGUUUGUCAUGUGCUGAUGGCUAUUAUUUCUCACAGGAUAAUAGUGAGUGUAUCAAAAAAGAUGGUAAUUGUUCAUUGGCUGAUCAAGCAGGAUGUAAAGAAUGUUUUAAUGAUCUUAGUGAGGAAGGUUUAAAACAACCUGGAUAUUUUGUUAGAAAAAAUGAACAAAUAUGUAGUCAAUGUAAUAAAUAUUGUAAACUUUGUGAUGGUGAAGAAUAUAAUUGCUCUGCGUGUAUUAAUGAUUAUGUUCUAGCCAAAAAUACAACUUCAAAUGACAAUGAUAUGUAUUAUUGUGAACAAAAACCAAGCUCAUGUAAACGUGCAGAAAUGGGUUAUUGUACUGAAUGUGAAGAUGGAUACUUUAUUUAUACAAAAGACAACAGUAGUAGUCAGAGUUGUUUAAAAUGUGAUUCUUCUUGUGCCACAUGUACUAUUGAUGACUCGAAAAAUACAACGGCUACUAAUAGUAGCUUAGAUGAAGUUACUAGUAAUGUCUCAAAUUCAAUAUGUUUGUCAUGUGCUGAGGGAUAUUAUAGACAUAAUGAGAGUGAAAAGUUAUGUAGAAGUCAAAGUGAAAUUAAUUCGACUUGUAUAGCUGGUCCUACAGGGUGUGUCACAUGUAAUAAUGGAUAUUGGAUUAAUUUAGAUGAUGAAAAUGCAUAUAAUUGUAGUUUAUGUCCGUCUGAAUGUAAGACUUGUCAAUAUAGUUCAGCUAAUCAAAUGCCAAUUUGUACAUCAUGUCCUAGUGAACAAGAAUAUGUUAAAAGUGGUAAAUGUGCUCCAUGUAAUGAGUUAGAACAUUGUAUUGCUUGUUCAGGAAAUAAAUGUACUACAUGUGAAGAUGGAUAUCAUUUAGAUUCAGAUGCAAUGGCUUGUUCAAAAACCAAUUGGGCAUUAAUUAUUCCAUUAGUCAUAGUAGGAAUUAUUCUCAUUAUUGUUAUCAUUAUUAUUAUUAUUGGUAUUGUUUGGUGGAGAAGAAAGAAAACAGCUAAGGAUGAGUCUAAAGCUAUUAAGCCAUAUCAUGUCUCAUCAGAUCUUGAAUUAAUGCUUCUUGGAGCAGAUAAUGAAAAUUUCCCAUUGAAAACAGAUAAAUGGGAAUUAACAUUUAACCUACAAAAGAGUAAAGCAAUUGUUGAUCAAGAGUAUGAAGAAACAGUUAAUUUAGCUAAUAUGUCAAAGAAAGAAUAUUAUUAUGAAUUUCAUUUUACUCCAUCUCAUAGAUAUGAAUUAGAAAUUAAUCCAAAAAGUGCAACAUUAAAACCAGGAACUGCUAUUCCUGUUACAUUUAAGAUUAAAAUAUUAUGUACUUGUACUAUUAGUGAUAAUAUUGGUAUUUCUGCUAUGGAUGUUGAUGAUCAAAAUAAAGAAACUGCCAAAUUUACUAUUCUUACAGAGUCUGAUUUAUCAUUGAAAUUAGACCAUACUGAACUUAAACCAGUUAUGCCACCAAUUGGAGAAGGUGCUUUUGGUAUGGUAUUUAGAGGAACUUAUAGAGGAAGAGAAGUUGCUAUUAAAAAGAUGAAAGCAAGAAAUUUAACACAAGAACAAGAAAAAGAAUUUAAUCAUGAAGUAUCUAUGAUGACUCAAUUAAGACAUAUUUGUGUUGUAGAAUUGAUUGGAGCAGUAUAUACCGAAGGAGAAAUUGCUAUUGUUACAGAAUUUGCAGAAUAUGGGUCAAUGAGUAAAGUUUGGGAUAAACAAAAAAUUAGUUACCAAUUAAAAAUAAAGUUCUUAGAUGAUAUGGCUGUUGCAUUAUCUUAUCUUCAUCAAAACCAAAUUCUUCAUAGAGAUGUUAAAGGUGAAAAUUUAUUAAUUUUCUCAUUAAAUCCUCAUUCACCAGUUUGUGCUAAAUUAACUGAUUUUGGUACUUGUAGAAAUAUUUCUGAAAGAAGUUUGAGCGUUAAAGAAUUAUCACAAGGUAUUGGAACACCUACUUAUAUGCCACCAGAAUGUCUUAAUAAUUCUACUGAUUAUUCAUAUCCAGUUGAUGUAUAUGCUUAUGGUAUUGUGUUAUAUGAAACUUUUAUUGAAAAGAAUGCAUAUGACGGAGAUGAAAGAUUUAAUCAACCAUGGAUGAUUCCACAAUUUGUUAUUGAAGGUAAUAGAUUAGAAAAACCUGAUGGUAUUCCAGAAAACUAUUGGGAAUUAACAACUAAAUGUUGGUCUCAAAACCCAGAAGAUAGACCUUCAUUUAUUGAUAUCUUAAAAACUAUUGAAUCUUGGGGUGAAGAUAUUAAAUAUGCUUUUAAUGUUGAAAACAUCAAAAAAGGAAUGGGAAAUGAUACUUUGUCUAAUGUUAAUGACUCAAUGCCAUCUAAUAAUCCUGUUUCACAAGUGGAUGAAAAUGAACAAAAACCAAAGAGUCAGUCAGUUUCUCAUAGCUCAAGCGAUGAGAAUUAA